AUGGCAACCACACGCCUAGCAGCACGCUCAUCACGGGCUCUCUUUGUCACACCUCGCCUGACCUACCGUGGCUUCAGCACCCCCGCCGCCCGCAGCAAUGAGUUCGAUGCCCUCAACAAGCGCACAAACGACACUUCGGAAACGUACCGUCGCUACCAAGUUGAGAAGCCGCUGAACCCUCACAUGACCAACACAACGUCUACCAUCGCCAAUGAGAUGCCAUCAGUUGGCCGCGACAAUGCGCCGCCUGAGCUCGUCACCAAUGUGGACCCCAAGUUCACGCCCAAGGACUCUGUGCCAGAAAAUACUGAGCGCAUGACUGGCGGUACGCAGAGCGCCGACAAAGUGAGUGACGCCAACUCAGAGCUGGGUGUGGGCGAGAUGGAGGGCGCCAAAUUCAAGGUGGAGCCAAUUCGUAGAACGGGAGAAGACCCGAACACGAUGCGAGCGAGCACCUUUGCCGACGCCCAUCUUGCUACCAUGCCUCCGCCUCUCCUUCAGCAAUACGACCUUUUUCUCGAUGAGAAUGAUUGGGACAUUUACUACUGGGCGACACAACAGCCUUCAUUGACAUCUAGUGAGUAUGCUGAAGGUGCUGGGCCUGACGCGGCUACCCCGACUGCACAGGGCAAGGCGCCAGAGAAGGACGUCAGGGCGCGUGAGCCUGCAACUGGUGAAUGGGCACAGACUGUAGGCACCUUCAAGCCCGCAUACCGACCUGUACCGCAGCGAUGGAAGGGCAGCGAGAUUUUGAGCCUGCUCCGUAAGCACGUCAAGGAGAGGAGCGCAGGAGGUGUCAUGGAGUUCUUGGACGACGGCGGCAAAGCCACCGACACUCGCGGCAAAGGCCUGGGUAUGAUGCCCGACAUCAAGAACUUUGACCAAUAG